AAAAAAUGGGCAACAAUUUCUCGUCACAGAUCUGAUGCAAAGGCUGCAAAGAAGCCUGAGGAGACAUGAGUGAAGAAAACUUCAAUUAACAAUGAAGGCAAUAUUAAAACCGAUAUUGUUCUAGUUGGUGAUGAAAGUAACAAAAAGCUAAAGAAAUUAGAUUGAAAUGCAGGAUCUCCUCAGUUCUUUACUCCUCCAGAUUAUUCAUCAAACCCUAGCUCAAAAAUUAUCAUGAAAAGGAGUGACCGGAAAUUCGUUACUAACGAAGAUGAGGAGGAUAUCAGUAUCCCACCAAGUAUUAAAAAGGGGCCAAAAAGGCUCCAAUGGGAGAUUCAGAACUGAAUCAAACUAGCGAGUACAUCUGGAAGACUUCAAUCAACCUCUACAUUAGCCUCUCCGAUGGAAUUCAGGGAAGAUUCCGCAGUGAAAGUCAAUUUUUCAUCAAAUCAACAUCUUGAAACUUUUGGUGUCAAAGAGCACACAACAGAUCGUCUCAAAGAUGAGCUCCAGACAGUUGUAAAUUUUUGUGCUUUCCAACGGAAUUUCCUCUCAAAUUUUCAUGACCAAAUAUAGCUCAGAAGUAAUAACAACACAAUUACAGAUCAAAAUGUUGAGGACAGACAUCAAAAGACCGAAGAGAGCUUAGAUAAGGUUAUUGAGAAGGUGAAUGGUAUCUGUCAGGAAGACACACAGCAUGAUCCAAUUCUGAAUAGCGAAAUUGUCACUAAUCUUCAUGAAAAUACGAGCAAAGGCAAAGUCAUAUCAGAGGAAAGCAAAGAGAAUGGUAGGGAGCCAAUCGCAGAAGAACAGAUGAAAAAGCCUCUCAACCAUCAAAUUACUUUCAACCCAGAGCAAAUGAUAAAUGCUCAGGAGAGGAUUGACACUAACAACGAGCCUGAUCUCUCUGAAAUAGCUCCUCCAGAAGGCACUCCAGAAGUAGAUUGGGAGGAAUUUGAUCAACUUGAUUACACCACUAAAAAGGAAUAUGGAGAAGGAAUCCAAGGUAGCGAAGAUGAUGACUUCGAUCUCCAAGAGAAUCACGAAGUUUUAAAAGAGCUUAAUCAGAGAGACACCUUCUUCACUAUCCCAUCUCGAGCCUCUAAUCAAGUGGAAAGGUAUUCCCAUAAAAGAAUCGAGAGGAAGCUCAAGACUGUUGAUCUUUCAAAUACAGAAUAUGUCUCGCCAAAGAAUGCUUCUUUAACAAAUCAGCAUCUGAAUAUCUGUAACUUCAAAUGUGUAGAUGUUGAAGACCAUGAUAAAGUAAUGCAGGAGUACUAUGGUCAUAAGGAAGAACUUGAGUUGCAUACUAUCCAGGAGGUCUCAAUGGAGUUCUCUAGAGCCAGUGAUAUCAAUUCAUGAAGAAGCUCAGGUUCUCCAAGACAAAAUCAAUCAAAGCCAGAAGAGACAGGCCUGUUUAUAAGAGACACAUUAAAGUUUUUCAAGAAGAAUUCUGAAGAGUUCAUUGAGCUCACUUGAGAGUUCACUGGAGAGUCUCUUGAAUGAUAUGAGGAGUCAGAUCUGGAGUCCAAACUUUUCAUGAAAAUAAACACUGAUUCUAUGUUCAAAAUAAUCCCUCGGUAUGAUAAAUACAUGGAUCUUGCUAGAUAUAAGUUUGAGAUCAUUCUAACCGAGGAGUAUGAGACAAAAGAGGGGCUCCAUCACAGUGCCAUGAAGAAGAGUGACAAUUUCCCGCAAGAAGAUAUCAUAUCAGAGAACAAAUUCUACUAUAUUUUCGGGUGAGAUGAGCAAAGCACAUAUGAAAAGUGGCUAGGUUUCAUCGGGAAUUGUCUCCAAAUCUCCAGUGAGAAUUAAUCAAAACUAACCUAAAAUUUAAUUGAGAACUUCAAGAAGCAGCUUCA